AAUUGUUUUGCUUUUUUCCUGACUGAAGAGGGUAAAGCCAAAAUUGGAUUGGCCCAUCUCGCUACCCGUGAUAUUUACCUGCUUAGACUAUUUAUCACAACAAUCGGUUUGUUUCUUUGAAAGAAAGUUGUUUGGACAGGUCGAUUAGUGUGUUUAUCUACGAUGUCCGCAUCACCCGGUGACAGUCGUUAUCCCUUCGAAUCGCCAGAAAACAAAGAUGGUAAACCGCUGUACCCCAACACGGACAGCUUCCUGCCACUCGGGUUCAGCACCCCUCAACAGCAUCGAAACAGUGGACCCAGCUCCCACAGUCGGAACUACUACUCGGCUCAGCCCAAGUACAUGCUCCCGCGGCAACGAGGAUUCCACAACAAAAAUCGGAACGCUCAUUACCAGCAGCAGAGCAAUAAGAGUGGAUCCCCGGCUGACAACGAAGAACCUCCACCGACGGAGAGGAGAAAUUUCCAUAAUCGGCGUGACUGGCAGGGCCGGAACUUUAAUCAGAGGUCACAUAAUAAUCAACGGUACCACCAUCAGAAUCCACGGAACAAUCGUUUUGGGUUUGGCCACAAUCAGGGCAAAGACAACAACGGAAAGUACAACAUAAACGAUUACUUUCAUCCCUCGAUGUUGGAAGAUCCAUGGUUUCAGCUGGAGCAACAGAAGGAACGAACCAAAAUCGAGGACGGUAAUUCCAGCGAAAGCCCUGGCGGGGGAGCAGGAGGUGAUGGCAGCGAGGGGAGUGAAGAGUAAGAUGGUGCUGUUUUGCAUGUGAGCAUGAGAUUGAGCGGGGUCAAAAAAUAACGUUAUUAUACCUGUUUUGAUGAUCCAA